AUGAAGUUCCACUUCCUAUCAGUGGCGCAUCUGUUGUUGAUUUUUCUGCUGCCGUUAUCGAUCAACCAGCGGUUUACCUCGGUCCGGGCUGGUGACAUCAUCGACAUCACCAGCACCGUUUUCGACAAGCUUACCGAUGCGAUUCCGGCCGCCUACGGUGACUUUAACUCGGACGAGCUGACGGAUGUGUUCGUGCUGCGGAAUAACUUCCACACGCUGCAAAUCCUGCUCGGGAGCGACGACAAGCCGCUGCUCAAGGAGGGCCCGAAAUGCGAGUACCUACGGCACAGGAUCACCAGCAUCGUGCCGGGCGAUUUCGAUGGAGACGCGUACAUGGACGUGAUGUUUACGGUCCAGCCUGAGGGUGCGGGAAGCGGGGAUGAACGGACGCACGUCUACAUCAACUGGGGCGCCUCGGAGGUGAUGAACUGCACGGCCGAGGACGAGAAGCCACUGAUCGAAAUGAUUGGCCAGCCGUUGGCGCUGGAUUAUGAUAACGAUUUCAUUAUCGAUCUGUUCGGCAUGGACAUGCAGCGGAAGCGGACGUUUUGGAUCUUCAAGAAACCGGACGACAGGGGCAGGCGGGGUCCGUUCGAGGUGCACCUCGAAGGAGCGCAUGGAACGGAACUGUCCACGCCGCAUUCGCACGCCGUCAUCGAUCUGAACAAGGACUUUACGGCUGAUUUGUUUCUCACCACGACGAGCGGGUUUGAGGUGUGGCUGGGUGAAGAUUCCCCGGUCAAAUUCGGCUACAGCCACAAGAUUGAUUUCCCCGCCGGAAACUACAAGAAGCACGUCGGGCGGGCAAUUUUCCUAGAUGUCGAGCUAGACGGGAGCCUUCUGCCGGUGUUCCCGAUGUGCUUUGAUGACAAGUGUGCCAAUUCGAGCAUCUUCGUACACCACGGUAACCACCUGCACGAUCUGCAGAUCGAUUUCAAGGACGAUCAUAACGACGCAUGGCACUUUGUAGUGCCGGAUGGUUCGAAUUGGGCCACCCAGAGUAUCACACUGCGUGGAGGCGAUUUCAACCUGGACGGCUACCCAGACUUACUGGCUACGCUGACCAAAUCAGGCGAUCAGAUGCAGACGUUCUUGUUGGAGAACGUGCCGUGCGAGAAGAGCGCCUGCAACCACAUGUCGCGCACGUUUGUCGUCCGGUGGAAAGCACUAGCUCCUUUCUCGAACGGCACCAUGAUGGGAUCGUUUUUCGAUUUCUACAACGACGGUAUUCUGGAUGCGAUUUUCGUCGAGCGGUAUGGCAACGGGACGCGCCCAGUCGCCUUCCGCAACUCGCUCGAUUACGAUGCCAACUUCGUGAAGGUGAUCGUGUUGACUGGGCUGAGCAAUAGCAGUGGACCGAAGAUCCUGACGCCGCUUGGACGUAAGAAGCGCACGUUCGGUACGAAUCUCCCCGGGCCACGGAUCGAGUACAACACCACGACGCAGGACGGCGAACCACAGCACGGAGCGUCCGCUCAGCUACCCCAGUCAGCCUACCUUUCGCUACACCUGCCCUUCACCACGUUCGGGCUCGGCAGGACACCAAAUUUUGUCGAUUCGCUCACCGUCGGGCUGUCGAACAACUCGCGCACCUGGACACAGCUGAUCCCAAACUCGCAGAUGAUCGUCGUGCCAAACCCUAUCGACGAACCGGAGCGCUGGAAGGCUCAGCUGUUUGUCACACCGAGCAAGCUGAUCGUGAUGAGCGUGAUCGCGCUCGGUGUCAUCUGUCUCGUGAUCCUGCUGAACAUCCUCAUACUGUACGCGAAGGAGAAGCGCGAGGACCGGAUACAGCGAUCGCUCGAAGCACACCGGUUUCACUUCGAUGCAAUGUAAAUGGAACAGGCAGUUGCUCGUGGCGUUAGGACGUCAUUUUGCGGUUUGCUAGUGGGACGACGUUUCCUUCCGGAGGGCCGAUUGGACUGAUUUUCAUUCCCAACUGACAACUGGCCCUUUGCACAGUUUCUUUAGCCGUUUUGUUUGUGUGAUUGCGUUGCGUUCCCUACACUUCUCUUGCACGUCGGAGCAACGAAAUCUAGUGCAGCCAAUUAUGAGUUUAUAGUUUUGUUUGUUUCGAACGAGUCUUGUCUCUAUGUUAACUAUUUAUUAUACGCGUGUAACCUAUUAAACGAUAAUAAA